GUGACAUUCUCUCUUGUUAUCAUCAUCACUCAACUCUUUCCAACAACCACACACUUUCCAACAAUGGCCGACGCUGCAGCUUCCUCCUCCAGCUCGGAGAUCACAAUCACCGUCAAGGGCCCCUCGGAGCUCAAGCUGUCCAUCACGAUCGACCCGUCCAAGACGGUCCUCGACCUCAAGGAGGCCGUCGCGGCCAAGAGCGACACCGCCGCCGACCGCCAGCGCCUGAUCUACUCGGGCAAGGUCCUCAAGGACGCCGACGAGAUCUCGACGUACAAGAUUCAGACGGGCCACACGAUCCACAUGGUCAAGGGCGCGCCCAAGCCCGCUGACGCUCCUGCCGCCGCUGCUCCCCGCCUCCCUGCCCAGAUGGGCACCGGCAUCAACACGGGCAACGUCGUCGACGGCAUCGAGAACCACCACCACGGUCUUGCCGGCUUCAACCCUUUCACCGGCAUGGGCCUCGGUAACCUCAACGACCCCAACGCUAUGACUGGCCUGAUGGACAACCCCGAGUUCCUGCGCCAGAUGAGCGACCUCAUGUCGAGGCCCGAGGUCCUUGAGCAGAUGAUCAACUCGAACCCCCAGCUCCAGGCCAUGGGCCCCCAGGCGCGCCAGAUCAUGCAGAGCCCCAUGUUCCGCCAGAUGAUUAGCAACCCCGAGACGCUCCGUUCGAUGAUGCAGAUGCAGGCAGCCAUGCAGGGCGGUGGUGGUGCUGGCGGCUUCGGUGGCCUUCCUCCUGGAUUCGGUGGUGGCUUCCCUGGCUUUGGCGGUGCCGGCGCUGGCGCUGGUGCGGGUGCUGGAGCCGACGCCCCUCCCUCGGACCCCUUCCCCAACCUCUUCGCUCCUAAUGCCGGCGCGACGGCGGCUGCCCCAGCCGCUGGCGCUGGAGCUGCUGGCGCCACUGCUGAGCGUGCUGCUGGUGCCGCGGCGGGCACGGGUGCUGCUGCCGGCGCGGGCGCUAUUCCUCCCAACCCCUUCGCCGCCCUCUUCGGUGCCCCCGGUGCUGCCGGUGCCGGUGCUGGUGCUGGCUUCAACCCCUUCGCGCCUGGAGCCAACCCCUUCGCUGGCGGCGCCAACCCGUACGGCGCGUUCGACCCGUCCCUCCUGUUUGGUGCUCCCCCUGCCGCUGCCGCUGCCAGGGAUACCCGUCCUCCCGAGGAGAUCUACGCGACCCAGCUCGGCCAGCUCAACGCCAUGGGCCUGUGGGACGCUCAGAAGAACAUCCGUGCGCUCCGUUCGACGGGCGGCAACGUCGAGGCCGCCAUUGAGCUCAUCUUUUCGGGCCAGCUUGACAACUAGCCAGCCAGCUGUAGACGUUUCGUUCAUAUUGUAGGGUAAUUUGGGGCGAUGCAUGGUCACGGUGUACACGAGCA